AGGUGUCGGCGGGACUAUUAUGCAUUCAUGCACUGCUGUCGGAAUGAACAUUGUGCUCUCCGAAGUAGUAUAUGCUACCAUCCUUUCAGGGAAAGUGACCAAAGGAAUAAAGAUGCAUUGCGGGAAGGGUGAAUACCAUGAAAUCAUUGCCAAUGCAUUAGGCAGGUUCAAAAAGAAAACACUACAACGGAGCUCCGGACCGACGUUUCCGAGGCUUCCUUCAAGAAUCAACAUGCGGUACCGGCGCCUAUCGAUGCUUGCCUCGUAGCACCUCUUCCAUGGCCAUGCCUUCCUCUGAGGUCGAGAAUUCGACCUACUACUCGUCCCGCAGAAGAAGAAAAUCUACUAGAGGACUGAUGGGCAUGAGGACACGCGAAUAUUUAGUCAAAGGAAAUGACCCAUUCGACUACGAACAGAAAUUCUCCGAAGAUCAGCGGUACGAAGAACUGGGACCUGCUGCCAGGGUAUGGAGAACAUACCUUGAAGAGUGCGUUGCAUUUGACAUUGAGAUGGUGGAAGGAUGGAGGGAUGGAUUAGAUGUUUUGUUGGUUUUCGCUGGUCUUUUCUCUGCCGUAGUCACUACUUUCGUCACUCAGACAUCCCAGAGCCUUCAAGUCAACUACAGCCAGGUCACCGCGUCCCUUCUUUUCGAACUCAUCGACGUCACGCGUGCAGCGGCCAAUGGUUCUCUUGUGAACAACAUUCCUCGCUCAGAUCUUACUCCCUUCUCAAGCUUUCGUCCCACAACAUCUGAUACCUGGGUAAAUGGCCUGUGGUUCACUAGUCUCUCGUUCAGUCUCGCUACCGCAUUAUUCGCCGUCUUGACAAAGCAGUGGAUACACCAGUACAUAGGGGCUUCAUCAGGGACACCCCGAGAACGAUGUCACAUACGUCAAUUCCGGUAUAUGGGGCUGCAACAGUGGGGUGUAGGUCUCGUCAUUGGGUUGUUACCCGUGCUCUUGAGCGUGUCGCUUGGUGUGUUUCUAGUCGGUUUGGUUAUCUUCCUUAUCCCGUUACAAGUGUCGAUCGCAUCUAUCGUCGGAGUCAUCAGUUUUAUGUCAUUUGCGGCGUACUUUGUCACCAACCUCCUUCCGAUUUGGUACCCUUCAUGCUCGUACAAGACACCACUGUCGCAGUAUGCCUUCCUCCUCUAUACGCACAUCACCUGUCAUCCCUUCUUCGUAUCUGCGAUUUCCAGACUUUGGGUACCGCCGCCUUCAGUUCAGACGGACGAGUCUCAGGACGAGCCGCCGGAGUCGUCUUCCAUCAGAACACUCCGAGACGCUGAACGUGCAGUUGUAGAGAUCAGCGCGGAUGAGAUGGACGUACAUGCACUGGCUUGGCUCUUUAACAUGUCUACUAACCCCAGCGUACAGAGCAUCAUUGUACAAUCAACCAGUGCUUUACCGUUGUCAUCCGUGGAGCCUCUAAAGCAGCAUGCAAAAGGAAUAUCGGACAUGUGCGAAACUUUCAUCUGGCACAUGGGCUGUCAUCCCUGGCAGGAAAGCAUCGUUGAUCGCCUUGCUCGCGCAAGCCUUCGUCUUGUCAUGGAUGGUGAACAAUCUGGGCUAGCGUGGACUCUCCCAGACGCAGAAGCGGGACGCGAAAGAUGGUCCCAGGAUGUCUAUGCAGAGGCUUUGGCUGUUGUUGCCUACCCGGGCUAUCCCGAAUGUGUCCCCACAAUCCGACAUCUAGUGGAAACUCAGUUCAGACCAUCUGAAGAUAAGCGGCUUCUUCUGCAGCCCAUUGUAUGGGGACACCUGCUUCAGAGACUCAUAUCCUCUGAUCUAGAAGAUACCCUGAUCUAACCUUUAUUCCAUGCUAUUCCCUCACGCUAUUGGCACGCUGACUACAUCCCUCCACCUCUUUUCUUGGCAAAAAAUGGAUUGAAGAUCUGUUUGCCCUCUGAUUUAAGAGAUGGUGCAGAAUCUCUUCUGUCGGCUAUUGAAUCUUAUCUGUAUCCCUAUAUCGUCGAUGCCAUCUACCAGCGUUUCAGAGACGCUGCUGACAUUGCUUUCCAUCCUGAUCCCACCGAUGAAUUCCCCGUACCUCCGGAUCCACAAUUACGCAUACUGUUGACGAUGGUCGCCUCACAUUCUGUCCAAAGGGUGAC